UUAGUUCGUCUUGUAUCUAUUUGGAUCCACAUUCAAAACGUUCAAUUUCAACACUGGUUGGGUUAACAAGCGUGUCCGUAGUGAUUAUGAAGGUUGGAAAAAUCUAAUAUAAAAAUAACCUGCAAAAUAUAUCAAUUUUACAUGUCAAGUUAUCUUUUAUUAACAAACGUGUCUAUUUCAAUCUUUCCUUCAAGUCUAAAGAUAUACUUACAACCUUAUCGUAGUUGAUGAUGAUUAUUUUUUUUUAAACGAGAACUGUUAGGAUUAUUAGAAGUGUUAUUAAAUAAUACAUAAAUUGGCUGGAUUCAUAACCAGGUGGAUGUAUUACGAACAUAUGCGCAUGCGCAACCGGUAUAUUUUUAUCUUGAUCACGUUUUUAAUACAUCUUUUGAGUCUAUGAUAUAAAUCAAAAUAAAUAAAUGUAAGAGUUAAAUGUGUGAUAUAUGAAGAUUAUUUUUUCCAAUCCCAUCAAUCUUCAACAGUUUAAAACGGUUAUAAAGAGAUUUAAAUAGAAAUUUUGUUAAAAUGAAUAAACUAACCUUACUUUCAAGGUAUCCUCAGAAAUUUUGUGGAAGUUUGUCUUUAAUAAGAACUCUAGCCGAUAAAAAGGUGCCUAGCAGUAGUAGUGAUAGCAGCAGCAGUGAUAGUGAUUUAAAUAAGAAUAAAAGUCCUAAUCAAGCUGCUGAAAGACUUAAUAUGCUCCUAAAAGACAUGCUAAAUGAGAAAACGAUUGUCACUAAAAAACUUGACUUAGCUAAACCUCGCAUGAAUAAAGGAAAAGAUGUACAAAAUGCUCAAGUGAAAGUUGAAUCUGUUGAGCAAAAUGUAGCUAAAACUGUGAAAGAUGUUGCUGAAUCUUUAGGUGGUGAUGUUAAACAAACUGAAUCUGAGUUGUUGGCCAAGUUAUUAUCUACAACAGGGAAACCAAAUCAAUUCGAUUUAAGUGAAACGAUAAAAGGAAUGAAAAUAGUUACAGAAAAGAAACCAUUGCCUGAUGUUUCAAGAUCAUCUCAAAUUCGUGGUCUUCUUGAACAAUCAGAAAAAUCGGGAAUGCCAUUCAAAAGAAGAGAACCUAGAAAAUUUACGCCAACAGAUAGAGAUGAAAUUGUAAAAAUUAAUUUAUUUGGAAGUAAACCAUUAGGAAUUUUUCAAACUACCGAAAAAUAUGAAGAAAGUCAGCCUUUAAAAACAUGGCAAUUUUUGCAUGAACGCGAAUUAAAAUUGGCGGUAACUCAUCCCCCAUCUAAUUAUUUUCAAGAAAUGAUUCUUUGGACCGAUCAGGGAAAAAUAUGGAAAUUUCCUAUUGAUAAUGAACAAGGAAUGGAAGAAGAAAAAAAUAUUUACUUCGCUGAACAUGUCUUUUUGGAGAAACAUUUAGAACCUUGGUGUCCACCAAAAGGGCCAAUCAGACAUUACAUGGAAUUAGUAUGUGUAGGGUUAUCUAAAAAUCCUUAUAUGAGUGUAAAACACAAAAAGGAACAUAUAGAAUGGUACAAAGAAUAUUUUACUGAUAAAGAAAAAUUAUUGGCGGAAAUUGGAGCUUUACCGCAAGGUUUUUCUAUGUCACCAAAUAAAAAAACUGUUUCUAAAAAAUAAAAUUAUAAUUUAAUUUUAGAUUAAUAAAUAAACAUUUCA